CAAACAGCACCAACACCAGUCGCUAGAGAGCGCUUAUCACGUAAGUUACACGUAUCUGCGCUCGAUGGUAUUUUCACUCUUACAAAACUGCGCCAGCGUUUUCAAAUUUGCUUUACCUAAGUAUAUCAACACGCACGCGCUUAUCGUCGAACUUGGCGGGUUUUGUCUGUAUACAUAUCUACCAAGUGUUUAACAUUAUAUUGAAAGCCGUAUUAUAGUUAAUAACUGUUAAUAUAUUAUUAUAAAAUACUGUUACGCUACAAUGAUUUAAUGUCGGAUAAAAAUGUCGAAGGUGUGAGUUAAAAAAAAAUGAAUUUAGUGGUAAUCAUAGUGCAAUUAUGAUUAUUAUAAAGUGAUAUUUGGUACACUUGUUGAAAUACUGGAUAAAAUAAUAUUAAAGUUAUUACAACGAGUAUGUAAGAGAACGUGAUUAAAACUCAACUUAUUCUACGUCUCACACGCAAGUGCGUUGUAUGCAGUGUUGCCAAAUUGUCACAAGCGAUUGACGCUCUCUUUAAGACCCGCUAUUCGGCGUUGCCAGGAGGAGACAAGGCAGAGAAAGAAAAAUAUUGGAGUAUGUGACUGUGAAGUUAUAAGUAAUAAAAAUAAAGUGUUAAUAUAAUUAACCUAGUGAUAUUGAAAAAAAAUUAUAUAUUUGAAUAAUUAAAAAUUUUUGUUAAAGUUAAUUUGAUAUAAUGCAAUAAUUUCUCCCGCCUUUCAAGCAUCUACGUCAGAACUUGUUCGAAACCAAGGCAUAUACAACGUUGCCACAUCUCAAUGCUGCGCACGCUACUCUAGUCUGCCAGAGGCCACUAAAAAGUUUGUGUGUGUAUAUGUUAUGUUUGUGAUAGAUAGAGAGAGAAAACGUACAUUAAUACACACGCGUAUUGGUGCGCAGUGUGGCCUGUAAAUACGUGUGUAACUUGGUAAGAAAUUCCUGGAAAACUAUCCUCGUGCUGAGUUUCAUCAAGCUACUAAUUCUUCUCAAAGUCUAUAGUAGGCCUAAAUGUUUUUACAAUCUAUUAAUUGAAAUGGUGUUGUGUCACGCGGGAGAUUUAAUUUUUUCUAUAAAUUUUUUAAAAACUUGACUUUCUAACCUCGAAUUUAUAAAAAUAAUUGUCAAACAAAAGUGAAGAAUUUCUUUUUUAACAUAAUUUUUUAAUAAAUUAUUUAAAGUAUCAAGGCGAAAAUUAAAAAAGUCACAAUAAGUAGAAGUAAAAUAUGAGCGCGAGAGUAAUGAAUCCGGCGAUGAUGACUGAAAGUCGUAAUCUAGGGGGUGGUGGCCGUGUUGCACCAAGUCGAGCGGCUCUUGCAAGAGUCCGGCGGGAUCUUUUUGGACCCGUUGAUCGUGUAGCAGCACGAGCACUCGUUGAACGUGAACUUGAAGUUCAAUCUCGACUUGAUGCUGAACGUUGGGGUUUUGAUUUCCAUCGUGAAAUUCCCAAAGAAAAUUCAAGAUAUGAUUGGGAAAUUGUUGCACCAGCAGAAGUCGUACCGGAACCUUAUGCUCUCAGAGGAAUGCCCUAUCUGAGAAAGAAUUCACCUCCAACACCAAGAAAACAAAGUGAACCAACAUCAUCAUUUGUAUCAUCUAGAAGAUCCAUGUCGGUUUCUCCCAUGAACACUGACGUCAUUGAAGUUGGGAAAGCCGAAAGAACUCCACCACAAGAUCCUCGAGUACCGGAUAUUGGAGAAUCUGACGAACAUUUUGUCGACGAAAGUUGUAGACAUAAACACUGUCUAAUGGAAGACCCUACGACACCAAUUUUGCCUGUUACUGCGAGAAAUCAAUCACGUAUAACUGAUUAUAUGAAAAGUCGCAAGCGUACAAUCAGCAACGCUAGUACAAAGAAGAUUAUUGUUGAGCCACCAGAAAAGAUUUCACGCAACGCGGGUCAAAUACGCAGCUAAGCUCGUACUUUUUCGUCAUUGGAUCGUGUCUUCCUCUUAAUUACAUAUUUCAACGAUUGUGGCGAUUCUUAUCAAUGAAUAAUAAUAGUAAUAAUAUUAUGAAUGAACUUUGAAAAAUAUUUCUACUUUAAUUAUAGUGUAAUAAUCUAUUAUUUUUUAUUAAUCAUAAUUGUGGAAUAAUAGUAUACAAAUAUGUUGUAAUGAUUUAAUUAUAGAAUGCAAUGUCAAAUCAAUCGUCUCAGCGUGAAAGUUGAGCGAGUGCCAGAAAAGAAGGACUUGUACAGGCUCCUUUGGCUGUGCCAUUCACGUAGUUUUUAUAUUCAUUUGAGACGGAUAAAACAACCAAAUGACACGAGGAUAAAAGGAAUAUUAAAUAUCAGGUUGAAUGAUGAUGAUGAAAAAAAAAAAAAUGUCGUUUAAAUAAACAUAUUUUGUUUAUUUAAUUUUUUAAUUCCUCGAUUAUUGGGUUUUCGUUUUCAAUCAGGGGCAUUAAAUGUAUUUCUGAUAUAAAUGUUAUUGAAUUUCAAUAAAAUAAAAUACAAAUUUGGAUAUUAAAUCCUCGUGGCUUUUGCUAGUGCAAAUUAUGCAGGAACAGAUUAUUAUCAUAUCUAAUUAGUAAUAAUUAUUAAAAAAUAUAUUUAAUAAUACAGUAAUACAUUGGCUAAUAGGUAAAAUAAAAACCUGUUGUUUAGAGAGAAAUAAAAGAAUUUUCUCUAUAAUAUUAUAAAUUAAAAUUAUAAAAAAAAAAAAACGAAAUUAUCGAAAUUUAUUGUAAUAUAUUAUAAAUAGUAUAUAAAAAUUGGAUGUUUUCUUUGUUUGUUUUUUUAUGAUGAUACAAAAAUGAGUGUGUAAUUGAUGAUAAAAAGCAAUUUGACGCACAAUGUGACGUCUAUAUUCGUGUUAAAAUAAUUUAGAUAUAAUUUACGUAAAAUUAAAGAAAAAAUUUACGUACUUUUCAUUGUCUUUAACAACUAUUGAACAUGCCGGCACUAUAAAUGUAAUAAAAUGUUUCAUUUUAUUUCCGUACUUUUUUAUAUGUAAUAAACGAUGAUCAAAUUAUUGUAGAUUUAAUAGAUCUUUAAAUAUGUCCAAAAUUACUUACUAAAUAAUAAUUAAUUACUAAAAUAUUUGUAAUAUUUGAAAUGAGAAUAAUAUAAUCGUCAUAUCAUGUCUUGAGUUGGUCGAAAAAAUUCAUUUAUAAUAAAAAUAAAAUUUUUAUUACAAAAAGCAUUAAUAAUUUAAUAAAUGAUCGGCGAUUUUUAAAUAUAUAAUUUGUUAAUAGAAAAUCAAUUUUAAAUAAAUUGCAUAUAUACAAACAAAAAAAACGUUGUGCUACAGUUCAAGUUGUGUAAAAAAGACUUUUUAUGUAGCCUUAAUUAUGUUACCCAAGAAUUGAAAGCAUUGAUCUCCUGUACAAAAUAACUCAAGUACAGCCGAUGCCAAACCAUUAUUUUUCGAUUUUUGCCUAUGUCUCUCGCUAUAUAUAUUUGAAAAUAAUGGAAAAAACUAUUUCUAUCAUUUUUAAUCGCAAAUAACUUGUGAUAAAAUAAUUGCUUACAUAAAUAAUAUAGAAGUGAUUUAUACAAAUAACAAUUAAAUUCAAAUUUAAAACAAUCUUCAGAAAAAAUAAUCCUACUCUUCUAAUUUUGAAUGCUAAACUGUUAAUAAUUAAAAAUUUAUUACAAAUAAUAUAUUUGCUAUACUGAUUAUUGUUUUUAUUAAAUAUUAAGUUGCAUUAAUAAAAGUAAUCAUGUUUCUUCUUGUUCAUAUGUCACAUUUUGUGUGUCUUUAUCAUUUAUCAUUAUCAUCAUACCG